AUGGAAGGCCAAAAAGCUAAACGCAAACGUGUUUAUUCAGUUGAACCAAACAAAGUAGUGCAAGCAAAGUUUACUAGAAGCUACAUGAACUACUUAGCACCAGCUUUGAAGAAAAUCAAAGAAAGAAGAAGUUCUAUGGAAGCUAAGAAAGUUGAAAAUAUUGUGAAAUAUGAAGUGGACAUGGCUAUGGUUAUUUCAUCUCAAGGUUUUGCAUGGAGUAAUGCUCUAAAAACUAAGCUUCAAAAGAAUGGUGAUGAAGGUUCAUCAAGGGUUAGUAAUAAUUAUCAAGAAAAUCAAAUGAGCCAAGUUGGUUUUUCUAAGCAAGAUUGUUUGAAAUCUGAGGGUAGUGAGAUUUUGGUUGGAGAAAAUGAUGAAGAUGAAGAUGAACAAUUGAGAUGUCUUAGAAAAUUGUUACCAGGAGGAGAAGAAAUUAGGUGUGAUGAUGAAAUGGUGAGUGAGUUAGAGAGUUAUGUAAGUUGUUUACAAAUGCAGGUUAAUAUUCUUAAGUGUCUCACUGAUUAUUAG